GUUUCUUCCAUGUCUUUCCAUAUCAAAAUGAUUCUUAUGUUAUCCAUAGCAGUUUUGUUCUUUGUCACUCGUAUGGUUGACAAUGCUCAUUGGCUUUCGGCGCUCGAUGGCGUGGUUGGUGAAUCCCCAUUGGAUGACGACUGGCCUUCAGUACUGGACGGUUUGGAUACUGAUCACUGCAGUGCCGAGGCUGGGCAGGUGCAGGCUGACGACUGGAGAGCUCAGCUGGACGACAUUUCGGUCGCCUCCGUCGAUGAGGACAACAUGUCGGUCGAUUCCCCUCAGCUGGCUUUGGUCGAGGUCCCGAAGGUCGAGCUGCAUGACAUCACCAGGGUAGUUCACGUUUCCAAGUGCACGCCAGACGAGGAGCUCGACGAAUCGGCCAAGACGGUUGCAGAAUACUUGAUGGAGAACGAUCCGCUCACGGGGCGCUUCACUGACUCAGCGAUGGCUGUCGGGGAGGCGCGCAGCAAGUGCAGGGGCAGGAUGAAGCUCAUGUCAGCGUGUGCGCUGAAGGUUGAGAGGAACAUAUGGACUCAUGCUGAGAAGUUGCUGGUUGAUGCAUCAGCGACGUCGGAUAGGCUUCAACUCAUCUUCUACGUGGAGUACGCCAGCUAUGACAGCACAGACUUUUGUUUGACGAGCUCGCAGAAAGUAACCGAAACCCUCGUUGAUGGGCCAGCUCUUCAUGGACGCGAUGCAGGGGAUGGAGGUGAGCUUGGACAGAUGUCAACCAUCGAGCUUGACGAGGCGACGGUGGGCACGAAGAAGAUACUACAUAUGGACACGAACGUGUUGCUCUUACUCAAGAUCGACGGCAGAUACGCCAUACUUCGUGGGAAUAUGUUGUCUUGGUUGCAGGUUUGCGACAGGAACUCAGCGGCGAACUACAAGACGUGGACUGGGGCUGACAUCGCAUUUCGCGACGUCGGGCUUCCGAUGAACAUCCACGGUCUCUUCGUUGACACCUACAUGAGCUUCUUGGACGUGGAGUACGGGGGCGAGGUUCUAGAUGGCAAGCCAGCUGAACUUCCAGUGCCCCCGCUGGCGCUGAUGGGCGAGCAGCGUGGCGAUCACCAGGACGGCGUCGCCGAGGCAGAGCAGGCUCGCGACGACGCAGACGACCAGGUCCCUGGGGCGGCGUCUGGUGCACAGGCCAAGAAGCCUGAUCACCCCCGCAAAGCAUUCGCCGACCAGAGCAAGGCUUUCCGUGGCCAAGCGCGCGACUGGCUCGUCACGGAGCCGUCGAUCAAGCUUCUCUUCUUCAGAUCGGUCUUGAGCCCCAUCAAGAGGUUCUUGGAGAUGGAGUUGGAGAUGGCCAGCGAGGAGUGGGAGAUGAAGCAGGACAGCGCCCUGCUCGCGCAGGUCGGGAACACCGCGGUGCUGGGGGGGAGGAACUGGCCGUUGAUGAGCGUGGCGAGGCAGACGCUGGAGCAUGAGUGUUUUGCCGCUAUUUCCAAAUGCUCGAAGUCUUUGGAGGUGGACUGCCUUCCCGAGGACCACGUGACGCUUGAGAGCCAGGCCAUGUUGUGCAAGCAGCUUUCAAGACAAGGUUGUUGCGUCUAUCAAUUUGGAGCUGCGAUUGGCGCACAGUUUCCUUUCAAAUUGUUCUUACUCUUGGACGACGUCGGGGUUGAGGCCGGCGUGCUCGCGUCGUGCAGGUCGAGCCGCGACCAGUCCAGUGACGACUUCGCCGAGUACUGCAAGGACCAGCCUGGCGGGUUAACGAGCGAGCAAGCGCUUCACGAGCUGAGCCUCGUCGUGAUGGCCUCCAAGACCUCGACCGUGCUUCUGGAGACUCGCAACGCGCAGAUCAG